CAAACGAACGGAACGCGCUCGAUCUUAGAUACCUACCCCCCCUCCCACCCGCCGACCGCGCCCGUAAACGACCCACCACAACAAACCACGUAACUCAUACCUGCCUGCUCUACAUGCACUGACGGAACGGACGAUGCCGCGCUCGCACCGAGGCCCCAGCCGCCCUGGGCCACACUCUCUAAUCCUCCCGUUCGCGCUCACACUCACGACCGCCGCCCUCGCCUCCGCCGGUCUAUACUUCUUCUCGUCUGAGUCCUCCCCACCGAGCUCGUACCCGGGCAGCGACAGUGAACACGAACCGCCGCGUCGCAGCCACAGUAGUGGCCACCACUCCCACCGCCGUCGCCGCCGCCAUAGUGACCGUGUCCAUGACCACAUCACCGAGGAAGACACCGAUGCGAUUGAGGAUUCGCGCCGGGAGGAGGAGCUUUAUCGGAAGCGGAAGUCUGCUGCUGGCGUCAUGUCCUAUAUGAAAGGCGCCGUGGAGAACUUUACGCAUCAUGACGACGACGAUGAUGGGCUCGCGUUCGAGGAGGACGAAGAGGUGGUGCACAGGCCGAGGCCAGGGAGGGAUAGGCCGUCGCAACAGCCACCGAGACCGUCAGUGAUUGACACCGCCACUGGCCGUCGGCCUACUGCCCCGUCAUCAGCCCCCAUCUCCGCCGUUACACCGAACCUCCCCGCCCAGAACAGCUACACCGCCUCAACCUCCGCCGCCUCAGCCUCAGCCUCAGCCUCAGCCUCAGCCUCCGCCGCCAAACCUGCCCAGAAUAAGAGCCAAUACGUUCCACCGCCGCGCAGGAAACGCCCAGUAGUACUUGUUGUCGAAGAGCGCAAGGCCACACACGGACAUGAUAGCGACGCCGAGUUUGAGGAGCUUCUACCGGCGCGAUCGCUUCUCUCGAAAAUCCCGCACCCGCUUAAGCUAUCCAAUACAAUUCUGUACAUCCUGAUCCACUCUCCGCACAUGGCUUCCGACAACCAGAGCACUACCGCACGGAAGGCGAAGAGGAAUGUUAGAUCGAGCGACAAGUUGACUGUCCUGGAAGCUCCCGAACCAAUGCCUUCGCCAUCACUCCAGGGCAUCCGAUUCCAUGAGGACAUGAACAAGAGUACUUUCGAAAUCGCCAGCGAGAUCCUACCCGACGGCACAUCACAGGACAACAUCGUGCCCUUCGCAUCAAUGGACGCGCUUGUGCCGCUCCUGCGCAAGCUGGCCCCUGACGUCGUGUACUUCGAAGAGGCGGCGGUGGAUGCGGAGGGAAGAGUAGUGGAUGAGGUUCUUGGUGGGAGAUGUAUCAACCGCGCGGUUGUGGUUGUGGGUGGUGGUGACGGAGUCGACGAUAUUGCGGGACUGGUUGACAGCAGCGAUGAAGAUGACGCCGGCGACAGGAGGCGGGGAGAGGGGAAAUGGUGGGGCCCUGGGGCGCCCAUCAGAAUCCGGCAUGGAAAGCGCGUGGAUGUCGUUGAGGCGUGGACUGUCGAGGACGAUUGGAGGAGCCGUAUUGAGGAGGCCGAUGUCGCCCCUCAGUAGGGCGUAUUUGUGUGGGUGGGUGAUGAUAUUUGAUGACUUUGUUUUUUUGGCUUUCUGUUUGUUGUACGUAUACCCGGUGUAUUUCCAAUUUUGAUACUAUCACUUCCUUCUUGCCUUCUCCCUUAAUACCUACACCGAGGGUUGCUUUGUAUAUCAUGCUUUUUUGGAUGGAUGGGAGGGAGGUCUGAGGGGAAUGGAAAAUAAUCAGCAUACCCAAGUACUGAAGUACCUAC